UAUUGGCCUUAUCUCUAAAUAUGUCGAAGUAACCCACUAAGAAGUUCAUCUUAACAGAAACUGUAGACGCCAUCGUUGAUCUCAUUUACAGGAGGCUCGAAUCCACAAUGGCUUGUGGCCGCUUUAGGGCUCUGCUCACUCUCACCAAGCAAGAAUAACUUCAUAUUCGACUUUUAUCUCCAAACGACUGCAAUAUAAUUAUUAACUUCCAAGAACCAGGAAAUUCUAUCCACCAUUUUUUAUUACAAAACUCAUUAAGGGCCUUGAAAAAUCAAAAUUACCAACUUCUAUUAUCUUUAUUGAGCUUAGAAUGCAAUCCAUAAUAAUCAUCGAUAACCCUCUGUCUAUAUGUGAUUUAUUCUUAUCAUUGAGAUAUACUCACUUCUGUUAAAACAUUAAUCGUACUAAUCGCAUUAGUUAAGUUUGCAAAGCCAAGAAAACAAUGAAACGGCCAUUGAUCAUUGGAGCGUUAAUUAUUGCAAAUUUCUUUGCUGUAGCCAAUUGCUUAGAAUGCUAUACAUGCAAGUCAAGUACGGACAUUGAUUGCGCAAGAAACCCAGGAAAGCAGAUCGAGGUGCAAGAGUGCAGAAACGAUAAUGAAUGUGUCACUGCAAUAGUUGUUAAUGGAACCACUCAGAGGGGUUGCUUAUCAGAUGUGUUUCCCAACAAAUACUGCACUCUCUGUGAGAAGUGCAACACAUCGUUGUGCAAUGUUCGUAUUUAUCCGGCAGAUCGCUUGCGUUGCUAUGAGUGUCUAGGUUCAUCUUGUAUAGAUAUUCAAAAUAGCACAUUUUACAAGCCAGUGGUUUGUGGGGUUUACAAGGAAAACGAUCGAUGCUAUACGAAUGUGAUAAGUCAAGAAACUGUUCGACGCGGAUGUGAAGCAGCCGAUAUUGAUAAAUUGGGUAGUUGCCCAAAUAUUUGUCUUAAAUGCAAUUACGAUGGUUGUAAUACUGAGAUUGGAGUUACUCACCACAACUGUUUAGCUUGUUCUUUUAUCCAAUCGUUAUCGCCUCCAGACUAUGCUUGUCUAAGAAAUCAAGAGGAAUCGACUGAUCAAUGUGCCAUCUCGGGGUCAAAAACUUGUUAUAAUAAAGUUCUACUCGGUCAUAAGGGUAAAUGCUUCACCCUGCGGAAUGAACAGACAAAUGUAAUAACCAGAGGUUGUUCUUCGGCUAUGGGAUCCACAAUCAAUGGAAACCUAACAGAGUGUUAUGGAGAAUAUUGCAAUAGCGACUGUGCGAAUAUCAGUUGCAAUAUAUGCGAUACAACAAUCAAUCCCGCUUGUCGCAAUCAAACCAAUUCGCUUAAAUCUGAAAAAUGUGAUUCAAAUUCAUGUUUCUCAUGCGAAGAUGGGAUGCAUCUUUGGCGUGGAUGUGGAUCAGACAUUCCUCAACCAAGAACUAAUCAAAUAUGUUAUCAAUGUCGUGACGCAAACGGUUGUAAUCGGCAAAGUAUUCGUUCGUGCUACAAGUGUUCGUCCAUUAAUGAUCCCGAAUGUGCCAAUUGGAUGGAUAUUUCAAAUAUAACUGCCAGUAAUUGUACUCAUCGAGAUGAGAAAUGUGUAACUACGUUGGUUUCUAGACUAAAUUUGGUUUAUACUUUGCGUGGAUGUGCUUCACAGGUUAGUGAGUGCACCGAAAGUGAUCCAUUUUGUGAACGAUGUGAAGGUAGUUUGUGCAAUGAUGGUCCGAAAAUUUGGAAUGCCGAUAUCAACAUUGGCAAAUACCGAAGAUGGCUUCGUUCUUAUAUUAUGCCACGAAAUGCGAGUGGAUACAUGAAAAUAAGCUUUUUCUAUUGGUGCAUUUUAGUACUGAGAUUAGUCAUUUAAUAAAUUUCAUUAAAU